AUAGGCCUCGGUGCUUCGGCCUCAGUCUUCGCCGAGACCUGUCUGGACCAAGAGCUCCCGCGCACACUCAACAGCCGCCAAAAUGGGGAAGGCCUUCGAUCCUAUGAGCUUCGUGAAGGACUUUCUGGCCGGAGGCAUCGCCGCCGCCGUGUCCAAGACCGCCGUCGCCCCCAUCGAGCGCGUGAAGCUCCUGCUGCAGGUCCAGGCGGUGUCCAAACAGAUCAGCGCCGACCAGGCCUACAAGGAUUUUCCUUGGUGGCGUAGACAAGAAGACACAGUUCUGGAGGUUCUUCCUUGGUAACUUGGCCUCCGGUGGUGCCGCUGGUGCAACUUCCCUUUGCUUCGUCUACCCCCUUGAUUUCGCUCGAACCAGGCUUGCUGCCGAUAUCGGCAAGGGCGCCGGCCAGCGUGAAUUCAAUGGCUUAGGAGACUGCCUCGUCAAGAUCUUCAAGGCUGAUGGCCUCGGUGGGUUGUACCGCGGCUUCGGCGUGUCUGUGCAGGGCAUCAUCAUCUACCGCGCCGCCUUCUUCGGCCUCUACGAUACCGCAAAGGGCAUGCUGCCUGACCCUAAGAGCGCUGGCAUCAUCGUCUCCUGGGCUAUUGCGCAGACCGUGACCACCAUCUCCGGCAUCAUCUCCUAUCCCUUCGACACUGUGCGUAGGCGCAUGAUGAUGCAGUCCGGUCGCAAGGGCGCUGAUAUCAUCUACAAGAACACCAUUGAUUGCUGGAGGAAGGUCGCUAAGAACGAGGGUACCGGCGCCUUCUUCAAGGGCGCGUUCUCCAACGUCCUUCGUGGUACUGGUGGCGCCCUUGUGCUGGUGCUCUACGACGAAAUCCAGGUCCUGCUCUUCGGAACCAAGUCUGGCGGCGGCGAAUAGACAUCAAUGGCAAGACUUCUUGCUUCCUUCUUUUUCAUUUCACGAACAAAUGCGGUUUGCGAAAUUAAAUAAACGAAGCAAGCAAGGAACCGAGAGAACAAUGAGUGUGUGGGGGGAAAGGCGGUGAAAAUAACUGAGCUUUACGCGCACAUGGGACACCUACAGCUUUAGCUCAUCACUGUUUCACCUUGUGUAUAGUACAUAGUUCCAUGGAACUUUAUGCAGAUUCUGUCCAAGAAGUAGACUACAGGUUUGUUUAUACAAAUCCAAUGCAUUUUUUUUAGGAAGAGACUCUCGGACCAUAAAUUUUGUAAAAAGAAAUAAUGUAUAUGUAUAUUUAUUGUUCAAAUGCAUAGUUCUACAUCACACGAGAGACCCGACUGGUGAAACCAUUCCUGUAAUGCUCGUAUAUUUUAAGUUAUAUAAAUGAAACAAAUCUCA